UGCACUAUACAAAUGAACUAUAUACUAUGAUAGCUUACUAUCAGAAACGAAAACCACACAACAACGUAGGACUCGUCGAAGAGGAGAAUCCAAGAAGCUUGCUCUGCUUGGGAACGCGCGGCACAAGGAGGCAAGGAGGAUAAACGAGAAACGCUUGAAAGCAAUUAAAAUAAGGGUUUCCUCUUAACUUGCCAUUUUUCUGUUUUAAAGAAAAAUCACUUUUUUAUUCUACAGUGUUUCAUUUUCAUAUCUCACACGUACGAACGAAGAAUGGAGAGCGACUCCGAGAUGGUAGCGUUGCCUCUGUUACCGACUCCGAUAGAAUCGAACUACAGGGCUUGCACCAUUCCUUAUCGAUUCCCUUCUGAUAAUCCUAGAAAGGCUACUCCCACUGAGAUCUCCUGGAUCGAUCUCUUCUCCAAUUCCAUCCCUUCUUUCAAGGAACGUGCAGAGAGCGAUACAACCGUUCCAGAUGCUCCUGUUCGAGCUGAAAAGUUUGCCAAAAGGUAUGCGGAGAUUCUUGAGGACCUGAAGAAAGAUCCGGAGAGCCAUGGUGGUCCACCGGAUUGCAUUCUUCUCUGCAGAAUUCGUGAGCUGAUACUAAGAGAAUUGGGAUUUAGGGACAUAUUUAAGAAAGUUAAGGAUGAGGAGAAUGCAAAGGCAAUAUCACUAUUUCCUGAAGUUGUCCGUUUGAGUGAUGCUAUUAACGAUGAAGGCAAGCGCAUAGAGAAUCUGGUCAGAGGGAUAUUUGCUGGAAACAUCUUUGAUCUGGGUUCUGCACAGCUUGCUGAGGUUUUCUCAAAAGACGGCAUGUCCUUUUUGGCUAGCUGUCAGAACUUGGUUUCACGACCAUGGGUCAUUGAUGACUUGGAUAACUUUCAAGCUAGAUGGCUCAAGAAGCCUUGGAAGAAGGCUGUGAUAUUUGUCGAUAAUUCUGGUGCAGACAUAAUUUUGGGUAUCUUGCCCUUUGCUAGAGAAAUGCUACGUCUAGGAAUGCAGGUUGUACUGGCUGCUAAUGAGCUUCCGUCUAUCAACGAUGUAACUUAUAUCGAGCUUGCAGAGAUCUUGUCUAAGCUGAAUGAUGAAAAUGGACAAUUGAUGGGUGUUGAUACCUCAAAUCUUCUUAUUGCAAAUUCAGGGAAUGACUUACCGGUUAUUGAUCUUGCAAGAGUAUCACAGGAGGUUGCGUACCUCUCAAGCGAUGCAGACUUGGUCAUCUUAGAAGGCAUGGGCCGUGGAAUAGAGACAAACCUUUAUGCUCAGUUCAAGUGUGAUUCCCUCAAGAUCGGAAUGGUGAAGCAUCCAGAAGUAGCACAGUUUCUCGGAGGACGGCUUUAUGACUGUGUCAUCAAAUACAAUGAAGUUCAGAUUUAAUUAUAUUUCACACACAUUUUUACUAAACCAGCCAUUCAGUUUAUUAUAUUAAAAACUGUUAGGCUUUGUAAGUUAGAGAUCCAAUCUCUAUCUCUGCAUUCAGAUGUAAGAAUUGAAAACUCUUUCGACAUUCUUUAUCAAACACACACAAAAAGCACCAAUCUUUCUGAUUGGACCUUAUCUGGUAUUUGAAAGUUUCAUAUUUGUAGAGAACAUGAUCUUAUUGA